GCGGACGCGUCGCGUAUCAAGUAUUCUAUUCCUUCAUAAACAGAAUAAACCUAAUAUAUUCCACCUGUGAUCAAUAAUAGUUAAAAAUAUAUUACAGUCUAUAUCAUUUACAUGAAAUAUUUCAAAAACAAACGGUUUUAAUACGUAUUAAACUAGUCAACGUCCAUUUUACGUGAAUUGGUUCAUUAAAAUUAAAAUGGACAGAGUUCAUUCAGUAAACUCUGACGAAGAGAGUGACCGAACCGACUUUGAAAGCGACGUCGAAAACAUAAAUAUCAGCAGUGCGGAAAAGACCUCAAGACGGACAAGUCAAGCAUGGAAAUAUUUUGGGAUUUUAGACGAGGCCAAGUGUUUGGCGCGCUGCAACCUUUGCCUGAGCGUUAUGUCAUUCCGGACGUCAGUGUCAAACUUAAUGAAACAUGUCAAGACGAAGCAUCCGUUCGCACACAGCCAAAUGAAAAAGGAGAUUGCCAAUAGUGAGAAGCGCAGUUCGUACACGGGCAUCAAUAAUAUGUUGAAAGAGCAAAAACAUGAAACCACGGACGAGGACGGGAUAAAGAAAAUAUUCGUCUCGACCGAUGGUAAGGUGUACGAAAUCGAGACUGAACAGGGAGAUGAAUUUUCACAACAAGGACAAAUAAACGCGACCAAUGAAAAUGAAGAAAUAAAAUCGAUGAUGGAACAAAUAACCGGCUCGCCGAUGAAGAAACGCAAGCGCCCCAAGCACGAGUACAUAUACGCGGACGUGGAGCCAAAGAAAUAUCGCACGGAAUAUUCUAGAAACUACGACGCGAGCGAAAAUAAAAUUGUUCUGCAGACGCCCGAGGUCAUGGACCCCUUGGAUCAUUUAGCUAAAUAUCUGAUAUCGAUACUGAAGGAUCUGCCCAAGUCCGUAUCUAGCGAGUUGCAGCUCAAAUUUGUCCAACUAGCCGUCGAAGCGCAGGUCAAAUGCGAGAAGGACAAGGAUGUUGUGAAGAUCAAAAUCCCAGAUAGUGUUGCGCCUGACGCGGGCGACGAGGCAUAACGAUAACUUGUUAUGUACUAGUAAGUAUUAGGUUAAGUAACAGGUGAUAUUAGGUUGGAAGCUAUAACAGAUUCAUUACUGUAACACGAUUUUUAGGAAUUAAAUAACAGAUUAUAUAUAAAGUAAUAAUUCAAUGAAUCCUUGUAAAAUAGAUAGAGAGAAAUUGUUAAGUCUAGUUCAUAUUUAAAACGUUUGUAAAUAGUAAAUUAUAGUUUUUAUAGCCUAACAACGAAAGUAAAGUGACCUUUGAAUACUUUAAAAUAUUAUUAGCCAUUAAAUGUGCUUCCUUUUUCCUUAUCCAGUAAAUUGUAAUAUUACGUCCGAGAUUACAAUCUGUAUUAGAUUAAGAAACAUGUACAAAAAGGAUAUGCCUUUUUUGAAGAUAAAAUAAUACCUAGUAUUUCUAGUAUUAAGUAUUGAAUAUCGAGUACACAUUGACGUAUAUCAAAAGUAUCUAAUACCGUUAUAUUUUAUUUAUUUCACUACAUGUAAAAAAUAUUCACUAGUUUUGAAAACUAUUAAGUGCUAAGCUGACUAAACAUUUUCUAAAGAUGGACAUGCGAAAAUCAAUAUACUUUCUCGUAACCUAGUCUAGCAGAUGGUACUAUGAGUUGGUAGGCGAAAAAGAAGUGCAUUUAAACACAGUU